AUGAGUAUACCUAUUAAAUUGUUAAAUGAAGCACAAGGCCAUACAAUAACUUUAGAGUUAUCCAAUGGGGACACAUACCGUGGGAAAUUGGUAGAAUCUGAAGAUAACAUGAACAUGCAGUUAAGAGACGUAACGUUGACACCAAUGGAGUCACACAAGGGUGUAACAAGAAUGGAUAAUGUGUUCAUUAGAGGGUCACAAAUCAGAUUUAUAACGUUGCCAGAGAUGUUGAAGCAUGCCCCGUUGUUCAAGAAACAAGCACUAAAACCACAACCUCCAAUAAGAGGACCUCUCAACCGUGGCAGAGGUUGA